UGGGCAGAGGCAGAGGCGGAGCCGGCCGGUCCCGCGUCGCGCCGUGCCCGGGCGUGGCGUGGCUGCCUCCGUCGCUUUCGCCAUGAUGAACAAAUGACCUCGCGGGGAAUGAAAUUUAAAUUCCACAGGGGCGAGAGAGUGCUCUGCUUCGAGCCGGACCCGACCAAGGCGAAGGUGCUUUAUGAUGCCAAGGUUGUUGACAUUAUUAUUGGAAAGGAUGAUAAAGGAAGAAAGAUUCCAGAAUAUCUGAUCCAUUUUAAUGGUUGGAACAGAAGCUGGGACAGAUGGGCAGCUGAAGAUCAUGUUCUUCGUGACACUGAUGAGAACCGCAGAUUACAGCGUAAAUUGGCAAGGAAAGCAGUAGCUCGCAUGAGAAGAAAAGGAAAGAAGGGGCGUCGGAGGUUGCCUGGUGUUGAUUCUGUAUUGAAGAUCCUCCCUGCUGAAGAAAAUGAGAAGACCAGUGUAAAAUCUAUAAGUAGUAGUUCUUCUUCUGAUGGCAGUGAUGAAGGCACAGAUGAAGAAAUAAGGAGUGAAGAAAGUGAUACUGAUUCAAAGACAGAAAUGAAAGACGAACAAGAGACUCAUACCAAAAGGGACAUGGAAGAAAGAGCAAUAAACAUUGAAAUUCCUGAUAUAUUGAAAAAGAAGCUUGAAGAAGAUUGUUACUAUAUUAACCGAAGAAAGCGGCUGGUGAAACUGCCAUGUCAGACAAACAUAAUAACCAUUUUGGAAUCCUAUGUGAAGCAUUUUGCCAUUAAUGCAGCUUUUUCAGCCAAUGAAAGAUCAAGGCAUCACCAAAUGGCAUCACACACCAACCUGAAUAUUCACUACAUCCCACCAGAAAAGAAUGUUGAAUUAUGUAAAGAAAUGGUGGAUGGACUAAGAAUAACUUUUGACUUCACUCUUCCAUUGAUUCUGUUGUAUCCCUAUGAACAAGCACAGUUUAAGAAGGUGACAUCUUCCAAAUUUUUUCUUCCUAUCAAAGAGAAUGUAGCAAAUUCCAACAGAAAUCAAGAAGAACUUUCCCCAAGCCCACCUCUUCUGAAUCCAUCAACUCCACAGUCCACAGAUAGUCAGCCUAUGACAGUAGAACCUGUAACACCUAAACGGCGAAAAACAGAGCCUGAAAUACUGCAUUCUCUAAGGCGAUCUACUCGUCACACAUCCAACUGUGAUAGAUUGUCAGAAAGUAGUGCUUCUCCACAACCAAAACGACGGAGUAUCGAUGCUCCUGCUUCAAUGCCAAAAUUGUUUUUGCAUCUUGAAAAGAAAACCCCUGUCCACAGUGGAUCAUCAUCUCCUAUUACAUUGACUCCUAGCAGAGAGGGUAGUGCAGUGUUCGCUGGCUUUGAGGGAAGACGGAACAAUGAAUUAAAUGAGGUUUUAUCGUGGAAACUUAUGCCAGAAAAUUAUCCUCCAGGGGAUCAGCCUCCACCACCUUCUUACAUUUAUGGGUCUCAGCAUUUACUACGGAUGUUUGUAAAGCUCCCAGAAAUACUUGGGAAGAUGAGCUUUUCUGACAAAAACUUAAAAGCACUAGUAAAACAUUUUGAAUUGUUCCUAAGGAGUGUUGCUUCUAAAGAUACUUCAGUAGACCGUUGUUAACAGGAACAGAGCACUAGUAACACAACCUUCAGAAGGUCUAUUUUAAAGUUCUUAGCAGAAUACCAUGAUGACUUCUUCCCAGAAUCUGCUUACGUUGCGGCCUGCGAGGCCUACUACAGCACAAAGAAUCCACAUGCCAUCUAUUGAAGUUGUUAAUGUGGGUGCAGUGAAUUGUACAUAUUCUGUGGUUGCUGCUUUAUUUCUCUGCUUCAAGAUCAGGAAAUGUUAAAAUGUAUUAUUUCACCAGCAUUGUCAUUCAUUUGACAAAAGAAAAUCACAUUUCAUUUCGGAGUAUGUUGACAUUGCAUCCCAGUGCUAGACAUCUUUCACUGUUAAACAAACGGAGCACUGCACUGACUUCUGAUGCAUAGAACUGCGUGUGAGUAAAGUAAAAGGAAUUAGGUGCAUUAGAAACAGACUUCAUGAGAAGUAACCAUCCAGUGUUCCACUUUAACAUGAGCUUUCUUCAACAUGAACUCUCAACACAUCACCUGUGGCUAAUGCAGGAGUGGCAUUGUACAAGUUCUCAUUUGGGAUUCAUACUUCAUUAUUUAAAGCUAUUGUGAUAAAUGGAUUUUCACAGAUUUACCAACUGGUGUCUUAGCAUAGUUUCAGCUUCAGGAUUUCUUGUGGAUAGGGUAACCUAGUGUUUGUUUGCUUUUUCCCACAGUUAGGUGUGUAUUUACCAGUGUCUGAAUAGGGUUUGUCUAUUCAUUCCAAUUGCUUUGGGGGGGGGGGGGUUAAACCAAUUGUUUAGAACAGGAUGUUCUUGUUGGCUUGAAAAUGUCAAAAUGACAUUCUUUGCCAAAAAUGUAGCAGAGCUCUCAGCACAAACAAUGACUGCUUACUGAACUUAUGAGAUACAGAUUCUUUUCUUUGGACUAGUUUGGGCUACUAUGUGUAUAGAAGCGUAGACAUAAGUAUGCCUACUGUUUUAGUUAUACCAUAGUAACUCUAAUGUGUAGAUUAAAUAACUUAUAGUCACGUAUGUUUGUGACAGUAAAAUAACUUGAUCAAUACAAGGAUUUCUUUAAAAUACUUGGCAAGCAAUUAAAUAGGCAUGAAUAGCAACACUACUUACAUAAAUUGAUCUCAUAGUAGCACUGCCCCCCCCUUUUUUUAGUAGGGCAUGUAGUGUUCAUCUCAGCCUAUAAAUGAAAGAAUUAAUUUAUACUUUGUAAAAGGCAGAAAAACCAGAAUACAUAAUUGCCCAGAAAUUUAUUUUUAUAGUAGUUCUGAUUGGAUUACAAUUUAAUGUUACAAUUUAUCCACCCCUCACUUCAGUGAACCUUUCACUUUUAAAAUUCACAAUCUAUAGUAGGAGCUCAACUAGCUUAACUGUUUAGAGGCUGGGGGAGGGCCUUCAAGAGUUUCCCCCAUCUCCACACAAGUGGACAUAGUGUAUCAUUAGGGGUUGAGUAUCGAGAGAGAAGUAUGGAGGUACAUUAUAUAGUAUGGCAAGUCUGUUGUAUUAAUAGACUUUACAUAUUCGGUACUAACUGGGAGUUAAUACAUUGGUUCCAUCAGUUAUUUUUUCCUGACCACUGUUUCUAAAACCAUGUUGAAUUGGUCUUAGAUUUGAAGCUUCAGAAUGAGGUGGGCUUGUAUUAACUUCGAUAUAAAAUACUGAUUUGUGCAGAAUGGUUAAAUAUUUAUGAGUCAUUUAAUAUAAUAUAGUAGAAUAAGGGUGAAUCCUAAUUCCUAAAUUCUUCUGUUGUAUUUCAACACAUUUUGUGCCAUGUACUGUUUUGUUCCAUUCAAACAAUGCACAGAAAUAAAAAGGGCUGGUAGUUGCACUGAAACAUUUUGUAUGAAUGAAUUGUAAAUAAAGCUGGCAUGUUUGGAACAGUU